AGGGCUUCAAAUCUCAAAGCCAGAUGUUCUUAAACUUCCGGUAAAGUGGGAAUCCACGCGGCUCUUCCGUCUUUUAGUUUGUGUUGGCCGCAGCGGCUAGGCGUGCAAGGGGCAUUUAUCUGUGUAAAUCGUACACAUAAAUUAAUCAAAAUGGUCCAGAAGAAGCCCAAGAAGAAGAUCGGUAAGAAGGUUGCCGCCGCUCCUCUGGCUGUUAAGAAAACAGAGGUCAAGAAAGUUGUUAACCCUCUGUUUGAGAAGAGGCCCAAGAACUUCGGCAUUGGUCAGGAUAUCCAGCCUACCCGCGAUUUGAGCCGUUUCGUGAAAUGGCCGAAGUACAUCCGUAUCCAGCGUCAGAAGGCUGUUCUUCAGAAGCGUCUGAAGGUCCCUCCCCCAAUAAACCAGUUCUCUCAGACCCUUGACAAGCAAACAGCUGUUCAACUGUUCAAGCUCUUGGACAAGUACAGACCUGAAACUCCUGAGGCUAAGAAGGCUCGUCUCCGUGCUCGUGCCGAAAAGAAGGCUGCCACCAAGCAGGAUGCCCCCACCAAGAGGCCAAACACAGUCCGUGCUGGUGUCAACACUGUUGUCAAGCUAGUUGAACAAAAGAAGGCUCAGCUUGUUGUCAUCGCUCAUGAUGUUGAGCCCCUUGAAGUUGUCCUGUUCCUGCCCGCCCUUUGCCGCAAGAUGGGUGUUCCAUACUGCAUUGUCAAGGGCAAGGCUCGUCUGGGUGCCCUUGUCAGGCGCAAGACCUGCACAUCCCUCGCCCUCACUCAGGUUGACUCUGGUGACAGAUCACAGUUCGUGAAGUUGGUGGAGUCCAUCAAAACUAACUUCAAUGACCGUGCUGAUGAGAUCAGAAGACACUGGGGCGGUGGGGCCCUUGGCUCAAAGUCUGCAGCUAGGAUUGCAAAAUUGGAGAAGGCCAAAGCUCGUGAAUUAGCCCAGAAACAAGGCUAAUUUUUACAAUAAAAUUAUCUUUGUUCAA